UUGCAAGCUCCUGGCUCACCAUACAGCGGCCCUGUUACAAGGCAGCAGCACUAUGAGCCAGGGAAAACUUACAACAUCCCCCCCCCUACAAAAACCAAGAAGCCACUCUCACAGUCCACUCUGCUAGUCAGAGAAGUACCAGGAGUGACCUCAAAGCUAAUUCCCCCGACAGUUAGCAUGACAAUACAGACAAAACAUUCAACGAAGAACCUACGCGAUUGCAAGCUCCUGGCUCACCAUACAGCGACCCUGUUACAAGGCAGCAGCACUAUGAGCCAGGGAAACUUACAACAUCCCCCCCCUACAAAAAACCAAGAAGUCGCUCUCACAGUCCACUCUGCUAAGGUUUACUACCUCGCCGCUCUUCGUCUGGCCCCUCACCCCAGACCUCACCGGUUUGGUAAAACCUACCGGUAUAGCCCUGGGGAUCAUUGGAGCACGCAAGCCCCCCCACCACGACAAGGUAAAUUGAAUCCUUGUUUACCCGUGAAGGCCGACCGACUCGUAGCCACAUUACCAGUAUCAAGGGACACGAGAAUGCUUCCUUUGCCACGGCAAUGA